GCCUUAUGCAACUGAAACGCGCCUCUUCGAUUCGAUUUCAUCGAGCCCGUUCGUUCGCUAUUCGAAUGUGACCGGUUUCCGAAUUCAACUGUAACAUUUACGCGCCAUCGAACUGGAAGGGUUACCUUUCGAAGCGGGUCAUCAUUUUGAGAGGUCACGUGAUAGCUUAGAAUUAUCAGCCAAUCAAAAAAUUGAUAGUCGUUCCAGAAAUAAAUUUAACUAAUACUUUUUAACUGUGACUUUUUACGAUUAUAUAAACAUAUAUUUUCGAUAUAUUGAAUCAGUGAUACUUCGUAAAUUGUUUUUAUAAACAUGGAUGCAAUUUUAAAGGAAACAAAUUUACUUAUGGAAUUAUUAAGAAGCAGAAAGGAUUUAAUUAGCAAUUAUAUUAGUCCUUCGUCAACUUUAAAGUCAAAAAAUGACGUUAAAAAGGAAUGGGAUUCAUUGGCCCAAGAAAUUUCAUCAUAUGGCUUCGGCAAGCCAAGGACCGGAGCCGAAAUUAAAAAAAAAUGGCAAGAUCUGAAGUGUAGAGUGAGAAAAAAGGCUUUGGCCAUAAAUAAAUAUAAAUCAGGGACAGGUGGCGGGCCACCAGCUCCACCUUUGAGUGAAUUGGACAGAAGUGUUAUCGAUGUUUUGGGUCCUGCUGCCUUCAGUGGUGUGCCACUCUGUUCAAACCUUGAUUCUAUUUCACUUCAACAACAGGUUGUUCCCGAAGAAUUAUCAGCAGUGGAGCCUGAGUUUUCUGAUAUUGAUUCUUCGGUUUUCAUUAAUGAUGGUAAAUCUAACCAGUAUGCAGCAGUUGUGCCUCCAUUGGCCUCUACUAGCCAGGAAUACAACUUAACAGAAAUGACACCACAAGCAGAAAAAACUCCAGUUUCUAUUAAAAGCUCUACUUCAAGAGUAAGAAAAUUUCGGAGGAAGCAACGGUCUUUAAAAAAGGGAUCAGAUGUACAAGAACUUUUAGACCUUAAAAGGAGAUCCUUGAAAGUUAAGGAGAGAAUGGCUAGAAUUUUGGAAGUAAAAACCAGAUUGAAGUGCAUGAAGAUGGGUGUCAACUUUGAUGAAAUGAUAAAUGAAAUUCCAUGAAAUAAAAUUAUUUUAUUUGACCAUUA